AUGAAUGACGACAAUAGUGAUCUUUUCAGCUGGGUGACGGAUGACGAAGAUGCCAAUCACAAGCUGACGUUACAGUCAGUAGCGAUCCGCAAUGCAACCCCGCUUGGUCAGAUCCGGAACGGUCGCGAUCGCUCCAGAUUACCUUUGUUGCAACUCGCCGAAUGGGACGAGACGCUCGCCUAUGAUGAACAGCCUCUGACCUGUAUGCACUACUUGAUCGAAUGGAAACUAAAGCUAAAUAGCAGGUGUAUUAGUAAAGAUACCGAGCCUGACGUUAUCCUAGCGCCUGGCGCAUACUGGACUAAGUAUCUCUGGUCUAAGGUAGAUAAACUUGCAAAAAAGAAGUUGCCUGCAAACCGAACCUUCCAUGUUGACGAUACAGACAUUGCCGUUUGUGUUAACUAUAAAGGCAAAGCAGACCUGAAUAUAAGGUGUGAUGGCCUUGACGUUAAUUGGAAGAUGAUAGAGAGGUCGCCUUGCGGAUUCGGGCCACAUUGCUGGGUCGAUACUGUCGGUAAGAAGUAUUACAAGCUAAAGACUCACCAUCUAAAAGCUCUUAUUGAGCAUAUGCGCUUGGGAAAUACAGUAGAGUCACACGAUAACGUACCGCCUGAUAUCCGCGAUCUACUGUAUGCUAAAGAAGAGCAAAAUGCUCGGCCUGUUAAUAUUACUAACGUCAUGCCUACUUAUACUGGUCACUUAUCGGAUGACAGUGAUACGAGAACGCUAUCCAGAUCGGCUGAGGGGAGUCGAUAUGCCCCCAAAUAUCUAGGCAUACCAGAAAUGCACGACGUAAAUGUGAACAAGUACUGCAUCUGGCACUGCUCUAAGAAUGCCAAUAACGUAUGGAAGAUAGAGUAUAAGAAGGCAUGCGACUUGAUGCUGGCUAAGGGAUUGGACCUGGAGCAGAUUCGUCUCGAUCAAGAUGCUCAGUUCUUUAUCGACAAGGGAAUCAAGAAGGGCAUUGCUAAGCGUUAG